ACAACCAGAACAAUACCCAUCUCCGAAUUCUAUUUAAAAAAAAAAAAACGAUAUGGCAAACGCAUACCUGCAGGGAGUUGAGAUCUCGGCUUCACAGUUCCUGGAUAUAUUUCAUCAUUAUGACAAUGAUGGUAAUGGAUAUAUUGAAGGAAAGGAGUUGCAGAACUUUGUUAAAGAACUUCAGCAAGCCCGAAAACAAGCAGGACUAGAGUUAACAGAGCAAAUGAAGGCCUUCGUAGAGGAAUAUGAACAAAAUGAAGAUGGCAAGAUUGGAAUUGUGGAGCUUGUACAAAUAUUACCGACAGAAGAAAACUUCUUGUUAUAUUUCCGGCAACAGCUGAAAUCCUGUGCCGAGUUCAUGCAGGCCUGGCGCAAUUAUGACGAAGAUCACAGUGGCUACAUCGAAGCGGAUGAACUCAAGAACUUUUUGAAAGAUUUACUCCGGAAGGCUGGGAAACAAUAUGAGGACAAGAAAUUAGAUGAAUAUACACACACAACACUGAAAAUAUUUGAUUCCAACAAUGAUGGAAAGCUCUGCUUGGCAGAAAUGGCGAGGCUUCUACCUGACAAGGAGAACUUCUUGCUCAGGUUCCAGGGGGUGAAAAUGGCAAAAAAAGAGUUCAACAAGAUUUUUGAGCUUUAUGACCAGGAUGGAAACGGCUACAUGGACGAGAAUGAACUGGAUGCUCUACUCAAAGACCUGUGUGUGAAAAACAAAAAGGUGUUAGACAUCGGCAAGAUCUCGACGUACAAGAACGCCAUUAUGGCAUUGUCCGACGGUGGAAAGCUGUACCGGACGGAGCUCGCGCUGGUCCUAUGCGCUGAUGAUUGAGAAACCCCCUCUACAUUCUCUACUUCACCCCCACCCAAACUUUUACCCAAACUCCCACCCUCAUCCCAUAACCCACUCACUCGUAACGUGUGUAAAGAAAGCUAGAAACUCUUAAGUAGGACGUAUUUUAAUUUAUUUUAUUUAUUAAACCUGUAAAUUUGAUCUGGCAGCAUGUAGGUAUAUAUCAGAAGCUGGUGGCACAUACUUUUCAACCUGUUGUUUCUAUACUGUUUGUAAUGUACAGCUUUUGUAAUGACAAGAUUGAUACAAUAAAUAACAGACUCACACCAUGACCUCUAUAUAUUCUGUGAUACAGUACCACUAAUUCUCUUUGCAUUAGCAACAAACUAUACACAGCACUAUCAGAUCACCUUGUAUAUUUUUUGAGUUAUAAUAUAUCAACCCCAGAAUGAAAAAAUAAAAAUCUACCUGAUGAUAUUGUAGCCAAAGCAAUAAUGUGUUACUAGAAGCUGAUGGAAUGUAAUAUGUGAGUAAUUAAUUGAAGGUUUAUGUACUAAAACUAUAUAGCUAUCAUUUACUCUUGCAGUGCAUGUUUGUUGCUGAAGGCAAGCCAAGGCAUUACUGAAUUUGUAAGCACAUAGACCAGUGUAUCUCCCAGAGUUAUUAUUCCUGAUUAUAUCUAUGACGAUACAUCAAUGUCCAACGUUCUAGCAACAAUUUUGCGCUGUAAGGAAUGAUGUGCAACUCUAUGCUGAAUACCAGACUCACUGUGUAACCUGUAAUUAAACAUUAUUCAAACUCUACCUAAAAACCUCUGGCUGUGUGUUGUGGUGUGUUGUCCCUCUAAUCCACUCCUCCAAACAUCAAAUUAAA